GUCGCUUCCGCCUAGCAACGAGAGUGUUGCGGGCGUCGCUAAGGAGGGGAAGCCGCCGGUUCCGGACAUGGCGGAGCAAGCGCUGGGGGUGCGGGGCCAAGGAGCCCGGAUCAGAGAGAAGCCAAACAAAUUCCUUAGCAGCACCCAGAAAACUACUCACCAUCUGAGCCUCAAAGGACCAGAAAAGAGCCAGACACUGCACAGCAACUGGGAAGGAACUUCAUUAUUUAAAAAACAAACUGAAACUAGCUUGUCUCCAUAUAUAGAGGAGAGUCCCAGCAUUGAUGACUUAGAAGAAAGUUUGCGGAAACUUAAAGUUCAGGUGGACAGCUUGGCCUCAAGUCUGAGUUUUGACCCUCAUCAAGAUUAUGCCACAGAUUCUAGCACUACAGUCAACUCGAGCACCUUUAAUUCUACGUGGCCAAGAGUUCAUAAUGGGACCUAUGCAGAGGCAGACAUUGGAGAUUCACCAAAGCAAUCUGCAGAGUCAGAGUGGUUUCUGAACCCAAGACAUUUGGUCAAACCACUGGGAGAAUAUCCAGCAUUAACAAGCUUAGGCCUUCCAACAUUCUCCACAUCACCCAUCAACCGUGUGCCAGGGCUCCUGGGGAGUGAGAUUGCAAGUCGGAACUAUGUGCCGUCACUGGAUCUUGCACAUACAGAGUGUUUCCCAGUGAAGCUUGGUGCUCCUCAUGUGAUUGGAGUCAGGUCAUUGUUGCCCCCUAAAAUCCCAGUGCAGGAUCGCUCUCCUGAAAGGUCCCUCUCCCUUGAUCGUUCUGGGACCAACCGAUCCCGUUCAUUCUCUCCGGCUCCCAAAAGAACCCGGUGGCUAAGAUCUCGCUCACAGUCACCUAGACCCAUCUGGAGACCAAAUUCUGCUAAGGCAAAUGCCUGUGCCCAGCCUCCACCGCACUUUGGCAGGUCUAGGUACAGCAGAAAGAAAACCGCUUCAACCAGACAAUCACGAUCCAGAAUAUACAAACCAGGAGCCCUGGCUGCGAGGUCCUGUACUCCAGCCAGGAUGAAUACAAGGGGAACACUGAGCUAUUCUUGGAGCCCUUACAGUCUGCCCUCCACUGCUGUAUCCUCCCCAACCGCUCAGGAGAUUAAUGAACGGUUUUUGCAGACUCUUGCAGAAGGUGCUGUUGGGAGGUCCCUGAUAGAAAUGUCCCCGUAUCAGAAGGAGCUGGCUCGUCUCAGGCUGGAGCGCCUGCGUGUGGAGGAGGAAUGGUUAUUAGAACUAAAGAGGCAGCAAGAAUUGGAGCGAACUCGGGGUCCAAAACCAAAGUGGUGGAGCAACACUUGACCGGCAAUGUUCCAAAGACCCAGGAGGCCUCAACAAGAGGAGGCCGGGGAAGUCUGCUGUGCACAAGAAUGUAGGCGUUCCUGUAGCAGAUCCUACCAGUUGUCCCAGCUGGUGCAGUCUGCCACACUGGCCAGUAACAGGUGCUUCACAGAAAGAUGGAAGAACCCCAAAGUGGGCAAUUAUGGACUAACCUGCUUGUAGCAGAAGCUCUUCUCUAACCUCCUCAUAAGCUUGGCUCAUUCCCUAAACCACAAGGAUUCAGUUCCCAAGCAUUUGAGUUUCAACCACUGCUUUCAACCCAGCGUGGCUGAAUGUUUGGGGUUAAUGGGCACCGCAGUCACAACCCUAUAUGCUCAAGCCCAUUUUUUAUGAUCAAAAGGACAUUUACUUUCCUGCUCCUUUUAAAACCGUUUUCAUUUCUGUUUAGAUCUGAGGCAUCAUUCCAACCAAUGAAACACUGACUCGUUCCCCUUUGCCCUUUUCUUUGAAAUCUACAUGUGAACUGUAUACAGGGUGCAGCACAGAAGUUAAAAUACAUCCAAAGACAUUACACAGGACGAUGGGGAAAAAAAAUAAAAUACGAGUACGUUGCUUUAUCUCCCACCCUUGUGACAUUGACAGAAAUAGUCAACAUUACUGUAAAUCUUAUCUAGGUAUUUCUAACACGCCCAGCUUUAUGGUAUGUGUGUCCCAUGCCAAAAAUCCUGUUAAUGAAAUGUUCAGCUUGGGAAUAUAAAACACACAUAAAUCAGACAAUCGCAAAAUUAAGGAGCCAGAUUCUCAGUUGGCGUAAAUCAGUGUAACUCCAGCUGAGGAUUCAGCAUGAGGAUUCUACAGCAACAUUAGCUUGGUUACAUUGCAUAUCUGACCGACGUAUUUUAAUAUUACUUUUUAUUCAGUUCAAUACAUACCUUAAUCAAUAUAUAGAAAGAGGGUCUCCCUAGAACCAUGAAUUUUGAGUAUUUCCUUCAUAAGUUCUUGCCACAGCUACCUACCAUGAAGGUGUAUGCAAACAAUUAUAUCGAGGCACUUAUUAUUAAAAUGAAUGCCAGGUUUUCCGCACACA